UCUAGCUAGAGAUGAAGGUGGAUGCAGAUGCUGGGGUUCAGGGGUGGCCUCAGCUGAGGGCCUGCUGACCAACCAAAGGGUAUCAGUAGGGGCAGGGGCUGGCCCUCACCCUGGGCUGGGGGUUGGGCCAGCAGCUUCUCAGCACCAGGAUCAUGACUCUGAGCAAACUGUGUUUACCAGAGCAGAGAAGGAUCUAUUUAUAGCCUCAGCUGCUGCUUUCUCUGGCUCACGGUGGAGGGGGCAGGGUGGCUUCUCAGAGCAAGGGAGGUAGUCGGGUCGAGGGAACCUGGCUCUGCCCAGGUGCCACUGCUCCAAACCCUGGGCCCCAUCCAUGGCAAGGGAGACCUUCCCUUUCACCUCUUCCACGCUGCGCUCUCUCCGCCUACAGCGGGAGUGGCUGGAAUGGGAGGACCGGCGGCGGGCAGCUGCCCAGCAAUGCCGGAGCCGCAGGUGCCCGUCAAGUCCCCGGGCCCGACUCACUAGGCCUCACCGUUCCUGCCGAGACCCAGCUGUCCACCAUGCCCUGUUCUCCGGCGACCUGCAGCAGGUCCAAGCCCUGUUCCAAGAUGAAGAGGCCGCCAACAUGAUUGUGGAGACUGUGAGCAACCAGCUGGCCUGGUCAGCUGAACAGGGUAGGGAGCACCAGAAGAGGGCAGAAGAGGAGGGAGAAAGAAGGGGAGUGGCGGGGCUUGUGGGUCCCAGGCCUUCAGGAUUUUCCCCGGGACCUUGCUCUCUUGUCCCCAGGUGCGCCAAGUUGCUGCUGGAAGCGGGAGCGACGGUGAACCUGGCGGCAGGCGAGAGCCAGGAGACGCCCCUGCAUGUGGCGGCGGCGCGCGGCCUGGAGCAGCAUGUGGCUCUGUACCUGGAGCAUGGCGCCGACGUGGGCCUGCGCACCAGCCAGGGCGAGACGGCACUGAACGCGGCGUGCGCUGGGGCCGAGGGCCCAGGCAGCUGCAGGCGGCACCAGGUUGCGGCGCGCCGGCUCCUGGAAGCUGGAGCUGAUGCCCGGGCGGCCGGGCGCAAGCGCCACACGCCGCUGCACAACGCCUGUGCCAACGGCUGCGGGGGCCUGGCCGAGCUGCUGCUGCGCCACGGGGCCCGGGCUGAGGUCCCCAAUGGGGCGGGCCACACACCAAUGGACUGUGCGCUGCAGGCCGUCCAGGACGCCCCCAACUGGGAGCCCGAGGUCCUCUUCGCUGCACUGCUGGACUACGGGGCCCAGCCUGUGCGCCCUGAGAUGCUGAAACACUGUGCCAACUUCCCUCGGGCCCUGGAAGUCCUGCUUAAUGCCUAUCCUUGUGUCCCAUCCUGUGAGACCUGGGUGGCGGCGGUGCUCCCAGAACUGUGGAAGGAGCACGAAGCCUUCUACAGCUCGGCCCUGUGCAUGGUGAACCAGCCAAGGCGGCUGCAGCACUUGGCCCGACUAGCUGUGCGCGCUCGGUUGGGAAGCCGCUGCCGGCAGGGUGCCACCCGGCUGCCACUGCCCCCGCUCCUCAGGGACUACCUGCUGUUGCGUGUGGAGGGGCGCAUCCAGUGAGCCCCAUGUCAGGCUGUCCCAUGGUGUGUUCUGCCCUUCCCACCUAUC